CGGCUGUCUCUCUGCAUGUGUGUGUGUGUGUGUGUGUGUGUUUGUGUUUGUGUGUCUGUUUCAAUUUUCAGAAUCAGUCGCCUGUUCAAUGGCACCGAGCCCAUCGUGUUGGACAGCUUGAAGCAGCACUACUUCAUAGAUCGGGACGGCGAGAUAUUCCGCUACAUUCUCAGUUUUCUGAGGACCAGCAAACUGCUGCUUCCAGAGGAUUUCAAGGACUUCCACCUGCUGUACGAGGAGGCCCGUUACUACCAGCUGACGCCCAUGAUCAAGGAGCUGGAGCGCUGGAAGCAGGAGCGCGAACAGCGGCGGAUGGCACAGCCCUGCGACUGCCUCGUGGUCCGGGUCACGCCCGACCUCGGUGAGAGGAUCGCCCUGAGUGGGGAGAAGGUCCUCAUAGAGGAGAUCUUCCCUGAGACCGGAGACGUUAUGUGCAACUCAGUCAACGCCGGCUGGAACCAGGACCCAACGCACGUCAUCCGCUUUCCUCUCAACGGCUACUGCAGGCUCAACUCCGUGCAGGUUCUGGAGCGUCUUUUCCAGAAGGGCUUCAGCGUGGCGGCGUCAUGCGGAGGCGGAGUGGACUCGUCCCAGUUCAGCGAGUACGUGUUGUGUCGCGAGGACCGGAGGAGCCUCUCAAUCAACACGUCUAUCAGGAUAAAACAGGAACCCCUGGACUAGAGAUUUUU